AUAAAAUCAGCACUCUUAAGAAAAAAUCUUUCAGAAAAACCAAUUACACAGCCUGAGUUAUUAGAAAAAGAGCAGACUGCUUGAAUCAGCAGCAAAUUUAGGUCAGAAACAAGAAAAAUGGCAGCAGCAACAUCUGCUACAGCUGUAGUAAAUGGGUUUACCUCGCCCUUCGUGUCGGGCGGGAAGAAGAGUAGUCAGUCAUUGCUGUUUGGAGCUGCGGUUGUUAACAGCAAAGUUACAACAACAUCCAGCAGGAAGUUGAUUGUGGCUGCUGCAGCUGCUCCUAAGAAGUCUUGGAUUCCUGCUGUUCAAGGUGGUGGCAACUUCGUUGACCCCGAGUGGCUCGAUGGCUCACUCCCAGGAGACUACGGAUUCGACCCACUAGGGCUAGGAAAGGACCCAGCAUUCCUAAAAUGGUACAGAGAGGCAGAGCUAAUCCACGGGAGAUGGGCAAUGCUAGCAGUUGUCGGGAUCUUUGUCGGACAGGCAUGGACCGGGAUCCCAUGGUUCGAGGCUGGUGCAGACCCAGGCGCCGUAGCUCCAUUCUCAUUCGGAACAUUGCUAGGGACUCAACUCUUGCUCAUGGGAUGGGUAGAGAGCAAGAGAUGGGUGGAUUUCUUCGACCCCGACUCGCAAUCCGUGGAAUGGGCAACCCCUUGGUCAAAAACUGCUGAGAACUUCAGCAAUACGACAGGAGAACAAGGUUACCCUGGUGGCAAGUUUUUCGACCCGUUGAGCUUAGCAGGAACCAUCAAUAAUGGUGUUUACAUUCCAGACACAGAGAAGCUAGAAGGACUGAAGUUAGCUGAGAUUAAGCAUGCUAGAAUUGCUAUGUUAGCUAUGCUUACUUUUUACUUUGAAGCUGGACAAGGGAAAACUCCCCUAGGAGCUUUGGGAUUGUAAACAAAGAUUAAUUCCCUUUAAUUGAGAUAUUGAUCUGGUGUAAUUAAAUCAAAAAAAAACUAAAAUGGAAACUUGACAUUUGGUUUCUACUAGUAUUCUUACACUCUCAA